AUGGCUUCGGCAUAUUUCAAACUUAAAAUAUUACAACAAAGACGCUUUGUAGAAAACUUAUCGAAAACCGAAAAAUUGCUGCAGCCAAACAACUUGAAAACUAAUUAUUUAAUUCCGCCUGAUACUGUUCAUAAAUGCAGAGUCUGUUUGGAAAGAGGCACUAAACCAAUUUAUGGCAGUCCAACACUGCCCGAUAUUUCAGCAUCCUUACAGCUGUUUGGUGGGAUUAAAAUUAAGAAAACUGAUUCUUUUUCUAAAUAUGUAUGUGAAUGUUGUUACUCAUUUCUGCAAUUCGCCGUUACAUUCAGGGAAAAGGCAUUAAAAUCAGAUUUAAUGAUGCAGCAAGGAUUAUUAGAUAAUGGAAUUAAAGAGUCAAUUUCAGAAAAUAUUGGUAGUGUAAAUAAAGAAUCACAAGAUUUAGGCAAGAAGUUAUUUAGCUGCAAAACUUGUAAGCAAUCCUUUCACAGUUUGAGCACAUACACACAGCAUAAAAAUUCUAAAGAGCAUAGAAGUAUACGAGUCCAGUGCCCCAUUUGUUAUGGAUUACUUACUCCUCAUUUGUUUAAGAAACAUUUAGCCCGUCACAAAACCACUUCUCAUCUUGUUUGUCAUAUAUGUGGUAAACUUUACCGUAAAGAUAAUCUAGUCAGGCAUCUUCAACUACACAGUUUUGUUUUACCAUACCAUUGCAAAUUAUGCCCAUACCGUGGGCGUUUUAUGGAAUCUCUUAAGUUGCACAUGAGAACCCACACAGGAAACAAACCUUUUUCUUGUGAUAAAUGUCAAUUAUGUUUCUUGACCCGUAGCAACUUAAAUAGACAUUUAUUAACACACAAAAAAAAUAAGCCAUUGAAAUGCAUAGAAUGUGCUCGAGGAUUCUACCUGAAACAUGACAUGGAAUUACAUUUUAAAAGUGAUCAUGCAGGUAUUAAAGAUUUUGCAUGUAGGAUAUGUGAAAAUAGGUUUGGAACAAGAAAAGCAUUAUUGAGGCAUGAAAUAAGAGCUCAUAAAAGAAGCAAGAUGGCAAAAGGUCGCUUACCAUUAUACUUACAGGCAGAAUAUAAAACUUAA